AUGGUAAUGCAUGCAAGGAAACCUCAGCGAAUAAGCGAUGGGUACUUUGAGAAGCACCAGGCCCAUCCAUAUCAGAAGUACAAUUCCAAGAGAGCUGCUAAUGACUACAGUGCUUCUGACAACCGCUACACACCACUUAGAUCCCCUAAUGGCAAUGUUUCGGGGCAUGGGCACAGUGGGCAUGCAGGUCACACAGGCCACUCGGGUCAUGGCCACCACCACUACAGUCACUUGGCAGAAGAGAGAGAAUAUGCCAUGUCAAGAAAUUCCUAUAUCCAAAAAGGUUCUGAAAAGGAGAGAGAUAGAGACUACAAAUCCUGUAGAAAUAAGUAUACAGAUGUCAGAUCUCCGAAGGAGAAACGUAUCAAAGACAGUGAGAGGGAGAAAAAUAAUCAUGAAAGAUGUGAAGCGGAGAAAAAAAGUAGGACUAGUGGCAUGAAUAGUAGUGUUAAUAGAAGUAGUAAAUAUGACAAGAGAAGUGCACCCUCAUCAAGCGUGCCUUCUGGAAGUGAAUGGUCAGAACACAUUAGUUCAUCUGGAAAGAAGUAUUAUUAUAAUUGUAUCAGUGAAGUGUCACAGUGGGAAAAGCCUAGGGAAUGGGACUCGAGAAGAACUACAUCCAAAGAUUCUACAUAUUCAUCUAGAAACAAUCGUGAUAAGAGAUCAAGUUCGAGAUCAGGGCGAAGAGAAUCAGAAAAAUCAAAUAAACGGUCAAACAGUACGUCUGAGAGGUAUUGGAGUGGGGGAAGGGAAGAAGACGGCCACGAGAGGACGAGACCAAAACAUGCCCCGUCACAACACGACGGAAAAGAUGGACAAUCUUUACAAGAUAUGGAUAUAUCUCCGGACAGAAGUACACCGUUGUCGGAGAAUUCAUACGGGGCGCGGGACAAUGCGACUCGCGGCGAAACGAACACGGUGCCGCCCGUCGUUGUACUCGACAACUCAAACCAGCCGAGUGGUUCACUGUUGGCGGCGGCGUUACCGCGUAUCGUGGGCACGCUGCCGGCGCCAGGCGCGGGGGCCGGGGGAAGUGCGAGUGCGGGGGGAGUCGCGGGAGCGGGGGUGGGGGUGUGCGGUGGCGCGGCAGCAAACAAUGGGGGCUCGCCCGCCAGCGGCGCGGACACGCCGCACCGCGACGCCGGCCCGCCGACGCCCACGCACUCGGAGAACAUCGACCCGCACGCGCCGCCCAUACAUUUAGAUAACGCGCUGCCGAGGAAAAUGGAAUGCCUCGGAAGCUACUCGUCGGUGGUGGGCGGGUCGUUGCAGCACGCGCCGCCCAUGCUCACGCCGUCGCUCGUCAACUACGUGCGCUCCGACCUCACCGCCCACGUCACCGGCUGGCCAGCCGACAUACUCGAGAAACAGGCCAACAAGUUCACCGAGGAGGCAUACCAGCUGGGCUGCCUGCAGUGCACGCGGGUGUCGGCCGAGCUCAAGUGUUCGCGCUCUGUCGUGCGCCACACGGAGAUACAGGCGACGCUGCAGGAACAAAAAAUAAUGUACCUGCGACAACAGAUAUCGCGGCUGGAGGAGCUAAAGUCGCAGAACUCGUUCAUGUCGGAGGAC